AUUUCUUAUGGAACAGACUCGGAGUAUCCACUAGGAGGCUUGACUAACAAGGUAUUUGUCUGGAUGCAAACAUUUAUGGCGUAAACGGUAAAAUAUAGAUUAAACGAUGGUUUAAAGGACAAGAAUUGUUGCUGUGGAGGAUUCGACGUUUGAUGGUGAAUUAUCAAUGAUCAACAGUCUCCUCUCUAUUGGCCAGUCCAGUGCGUAUCUAUGAACUCCAUAACGCCCUCCACUUCUGCCGUCAGUAGCCCUGUCAGCUCCGUAGAUUCGCCACUGUCAGCCGUCAGCUCGUCCAUCGGCUCUCCUGGCAUUCCCGGCACACCAUCUGUUGGCUAUGGACCCAUCAGCAUCUCUCAAAUGAACUCCUCCAUGUCUGUGUCUGGGUUACAUGCUGUCAGCAGCUCUGAUGAUGUGAAACCCCCAUUUGGCUUGAAGACUGUCAGUGGCUCAGGGCCAAUGCUGUCCCAGAAACGCAUGUGUGCCAUUUGUGGAGACCGUUCAUCGGGGAAGCAUUAUGGCGUGCACAGCUGUGAAGGCUGUAAGGGUUUCUUCAAGCGCACAGUCAGGAAGGACCUGAGCUAUACCUGCAGGGACAACAAGGAGUGUCUGGUGGAUAAACGUCAGCGCAAUCGCUGCCAGUACUGCCGCUAUCAGAAGUGCCUGGCCACGGGAAUGAAAAGAGAGGCUGUUCAGGAUGAGCGUCAGAAGAAUAAGGAACGGGAUGGAGACUAUGAAUGCAGCAGUUCAGCCAAUGAGGAGAUGCCUGUGGAAAAGAUCCUGGAGGCCGAGACAGCUGUAGAGCACAGAUCAGACUUGCACUCUGAUGCCACUGGUUCACCCAAUGAUCCAGUCACUAACAUCUGUCAGGCUGCAGACAAACAGCUCUUCACUCUGGUGGAGUGGGCCAAGAGAAUCCCUCACUUCUCUGAGCUGCCCCUGGAUGACCAAGUCAUUCUGCUCAGGGCUGGAUGGAAUGAGCUCUUGAUUGCUGCCUUCUCUCAUCGCUCCAUCAGCGUGAAGGAUGAGAUUCUGUUGGCCACAGGUUUACAUGUGCCCAGAGAGAGCACUCACAACUUGGGCGUGGAGGCCUUUUUUGACAGGGAAAGUGCACAGAGUGCAGAGGUGGGAGCCUUAUUUGACAGGGUGCUGACUGAGCUGGUCUGUAAGAUGCGUGAUAUGCAAAUGGACAAAACUGAACUUGGCUGUCUGCGUGCCAUAGUUCUGUUUAACCCAGAUGCCAAAGGUCUGACUAGCAGCAGUGAGGUGGAGCUUCUCCGAGAGAAAGUGUACGCGUCCCUGGAAGCCUAUUGCAAACAGAAAUACCCAGAUCAGCAGGGGAGGUUUGCCAAGCUUCUCCUCCGACUUCCUGCAUUGCGUUCCAUUGGCCUUAAGUGUCUGGAGCACCUUUUCUUCUUUAAACUGAUUGGAGACACCCCCAUUGACACUUUCCUAAUGGAGAUGCUGGAGUCGCCCCACUAGCCGCGUCAGAGGAAGAUUGUGAAACAGGGUUUUCUACCCUAGGUCCUGGAGAUAACUGUGACUGCACUUUUUCUUCCCAGGGGAAUUACAGCGAUUGGUCAGCCUCUGGUCUGGGGGUAUUUUUUUUAGUUCCGAUAUUUCUUGUCUUUUUCUCUUGAUUAUCUCUUAAGUGCACCAUAGAGUCUAGAGACCCAAAACUUGCCAUGAAAAAUUGUUGGUGCUACAUUUGAACAGUAAGCUAUAUGUGUACAGUACUGUGCAAAAGUCUUAGGCCACUAGUGUUUUCACCAACAAAAAAUGGUUUAAAGUGAGUUAUUUUUUAUGUUUUGCUGUAGUGUGUCAGUAGUAAAUGUCAAUUUACAUUUCCAAACAUUAUCUUUGCCAUUAAUUGUAAUAAUCCAGUGAGAGAGAGGGUCAGAUCUCACCAUCAUCCAGUCCCUCUGCAAUAACGAGAAGAAACCGAACAAACUGAGAAAGAACUGUGGCAAUGUCUACAAAACGUUUCAAGAAACCUGCAAAGCUACAGUACUCUGCUAAGUUUUACGCACUUGUGUGAAAAUGCUGUAAAUCGAGGAUUUUAUUAAAUUGAGGAUUUUAUUAAUUCACUUUUAAUUAAUUACCAUAUUUUUCUGACUUUAAGUCGCACCUGAGUAUAAGUCGCAUCAGUCCAAAAAUACGUCAUGAUGAGGAAAAAAAUAUAAGUCGCACUGGACUAUAAGUCGCAUUUAUUUAGAAACAAGAGAAAACAUUACUGUCUCCAGCCGCGAGAGGGCGCUCUAUGUCUUCAGUGUAGACUACAGGAGCACUGAGCAGCAUAGAGCGCCCUCUCGCGGCUGUAGACGGUAAUGUUUUCUCUUGGUUCAUGUCUCUUAGUUCAUUUCUCUUGGUUCAUGUCAAAUUAAUAUUGAUAAAUAAGUCGCACCUGACUAUAAGUCGCAGGACCAGCCAAACUAUGAAAAAAAGCGUGACUUAUCGUCUGGAAAAUACGGUAGCUUUGCAGGUAGGUUUCUUUGCCACAUUGCCAUAGUUCUUCUGGAUUUAUUCUGUCUCAGUUUGUUCUGUUUCUUCAUGUUACUCCAGACGGAUGAUGGUGAGAUCAAAAAUCUCACUGGAUUAUUACAUUUAAUGGCAAAAAUAGAGUUCGUAAAUGUAAACUAAUAUUUACUUAUGUCACACUACAGCAAAAGAUAGAAAUAACUGACGUAAAACCAUUUUUUUGUUGGUGUAACUACUAGUGGGCUAAGACUUUUGCACAGUAUUGUAUAACAAGUUUAAAACUUAAAAGUUUUUAAAUAUGGAAGCUCCAGUUACCUGACUGGUUUAGAUAAAUGGGGUUUAUGUUCCGAUAGAACCAUUUGAGGCUUUUAAAACACUGUGGAUGAUAAGCUUUAAUCAUAUGUAAGUGUGCUUCACCAUCUCUUAAGUUUGAGUGCUUUCUUCCUAAUUUAUUUUGCCCCGACCUGUAAGGACUGGUCAAGUGGGUGGAUAAAUGAAUUAAUUCGGUAUUAUAGAUUUAAAUUGACAUUUACUUUGCUAGUGUGAGAAAUCUGGCGGAGGAAUCUAUAUGCAAUGAAGCUUGAAAUGAUGCAAACCAGAAAAGACUAGAUGUAUUCUCUCCAAAAAAGCAAUUUACAUGAUAUUGUGCAAUGUUAAGCCUAAAUCCAGAGGUGGAUGUGAGGGAAAUGCAAGCACUCUUUUUAUUAUCUCAUGCACUCACUUUAUUAUCAUAUCAUGAGUGCCUAAACAACAUAUGCUUGAUAUAUGAUUUUUUUUUUUUUUUUACGUUUGCAGAAAAAAGGACAAACAAAAAGAUUAAUUUCUGUUUAUGUCAACAGCAGUUAUUGUACGAAGCAGGUCGAUUUCCUUUCGUUCUUUUUGUUUUGCCUGAUGUGUCCUAAGCUGAAAUUGUCUUAAACCUGCAUUGGUUUUACUAGUUAACUGUCAGUUAAUAAUACACUUUCUUCUCUUAUCACACAUCAGGUAACUGUAUUAGAGUGAUAAUUCCUCAAGAAACUGCACUAUACACACACAAAAAAAAUGUCAUUCCUUUUUUUUUUAACCAUUGUCAGAUUUAAAAAACUUUUGGUGCUUCGGAAUCGACAUUUGAUAUUACAGCCCUAAAAAGUGCACAUGUAAAACUGCAAAAAGGAGAAGUACAGCUGCCUUCAGCUUUAUAGAGAUACUAAAUCAGAGCAGAAUGAACGUUCAUUGGUGUGCACUUGCUGUUUCUAUUUGGAAAACCUUCCAACUUAAAAUUUCUACAAUUCAUUUCUUCUAGUACUGUGCAGACCCUAUUGUUCAGGGACAUUGUGUAGCUAUCGUGUAGACAUAGAAAGGCUAGGAAUCAAUAUAUAUUCUCUUGCUUUUAUCACUUUCUUUAGUUUGUAGUUGGCAUACAACUUGCAGAAAAGACAUAGUUUGCACUGGAUUUUACCAUGAAUCCUAGACUUUGGAUUUUGUCUUUUAUUUCCUUUCUGUGAUCUGAGCUUAUUUGGUUUUUCGUUUCUUUUUGACCUACCAUUGAUAUAUCUAUAUCUAUAAAUAUAUAUAUACAUUUUUUUGCUUUUCCUUGGCAUCUUUCUGUUCUUGCUGAAAAAUUUAUGGGGACAAAUGCAAGCUCACUUUUGCCAUAGAUAUAUCUAACAAACAAACAAACAAACACAAGGUUGUUUUUGUAUGGUCUUGUACAACCAACAUCUUUACUGCAUUAGGCAUGUUACAUGUCUGUUGUUGCACUAAAAUUGUCAUACAAUUAUGAUUGUAAUGAGAUUCCAUCAGUUUCGAUGUUGUCACAGCUCGUUUUAGAGGAGCUCUGUGACACUGCAAAAGAACCAUCUGCUGUACAUGACCCUAAAUAAAGGUGGUGAUAUGUCUAACAA